ACUGGCAGGAAUACGUCUGCAAAUAUUGUGAUAUGAAAGGACAUGUUAUUCAUUUCUGCAAGAUUCUCGCCAAGGACGAGAAGGACCACAUCGUCUUCACGACGAUUCGAGGAGAAGUCUUUGACUUCGAAGGAAAUCUCAUCGAUCAGGAUAUUGAAGGAGGAAUGGGAAAGGAGGCUUUUCGACGGAUGUGCCGUCCUCUUCCGGCUACAUUCCGGUUAGUUUCUCCUGAAGAAGCAAGCCUUUUUGAGUUAGAAGAAACAAUGGUUUCUCUGAAGAUCGGCGGGUGUGACGAAAAAGAGUUGGAGGAAAGGAAAAAAGACAUUGCUCAUCGGGCACGAGAGGUGACCAAGAAACUGGACAAAUGUCGAGAUUCCAUUGUUCAAUUAUGUGUUGACAUGGAAGAAGUCUGGCCAAAUCUUCCUAAUGUAUUUAUUUUUGGUGGAUGGGGGAACGAAGGUCAGGACAGGUCAGCACUUGCGGCCGCUUCGGCACCUGAAGCAACGCCAAUGACACGGCCAAUGAUGAUGUCUAGACCUGUACUCAAGCGAGGGAUGCCAACCGUCAUGAUGCAGACGAGGAAAGGAAGGAAAACCUCAAAAUCACAGUCUGCGCCAGGAGAAAGUUCAAAGGGACCUCUGGAAAAAGAACCUAUUCAGGUAGAAGAAGGGAAUGAUGAUGAGGAGGAUAAAAGAUUGCGAGCAGAGGAUGAACUGCUAGCAAAGCAAAGAGCUAUGAAAAGGCCGUCGAAAACAGGGAAGACCCAGGUCGAGGAUGAAGAACCUCGCAAAAAGAAGAACGUGUACUCGAUCCCUGUUGAACAAGGGAUUGAUUUUGAACAGUUGGUGGAUCGUAUUCUGGAAAGUCAGCGUGAUCUGGUUACCCUGAAGGAGAUUCUUGCAGUAUCGCCGAAGCUCCGCGAGAAAUUUAAGCAGCGUAUGACUCGAAAGAAAGUCAUGACAGUCAAGCCGAGUGAGAUCAUCCCUCCAGAAGCUAACUGGGCACCUCCUGGCAUGAAGAUGGACUGGCGAUGCGUGGUCACAGGUCUCAUAAAAGUUCAAAUCGGUCGUGGAGAGUUCUCUGUUCUCGUAGAUGAUGGGGCCGAAAUGAACAUCAUGAGAGAGAGGCAUGCGAUUGAAGCUGGGAUUCAGAUCAAUCGCAAUGACUUUGAAUUUUUGAUUGGAGCCAACGGGGCAACGUCAUUUUGCGGUACGGCUAGUGGCGUAAUGGUCACAGUUGGGAAGGUAAAAGCGAGAUCAUAUUUUUAUAUAUUGCGAAAGGUUGAACACGAAGUGUUUUUGGGAAGAUCUUUUCAAUGUCGCACAAAGAGCAUAAUCUUCAACAAGCAUGACAGCACCAUGUUUGUAGCUUUGUGCGAUCCGGUUUGCGGCCAUUAUGAAGUGGUAAAAUGCGCGAAUACCGGACCAGCAAAUUCAAGGAACCGGUUGAAUCCCGAAUCAUAUACAUUCUUAGAGUCUGAGGAGUUGAGAAGGGAGAAAGAGGCGAUCAAUGAAGAAAGGGAUCCUCAUGAGUUUUCGUUGACAUUGCCAAGUAUCUCACAGGCAGUCGAUUUUGCAGCAUGAUGUAUGAUCCGAGUCUGGUACAAGCCCUGAUGGAGGCUGUGGUUGACAAGGAAGGUGCAGGAAACAUGCAUCUUAUUUAUCGGCCAAAUGAAUCUCGCAUGUAGGA